CGUAAUACUAGUAAUAAAGAUAUUGAAAACCAAAAGAGGCCCUUUUCCCAGCCACCCCCCAAGAAAUACUUACCAAAAAGGGGGAAGAAAUAAACAGCAGCACAUGAAUUUCCAUUUUCACGACUGAUUAUGAGGAGAGAGAUUACGAGAUACGAUUAUUGAACUGCGAUCUCUUCUUUCGUCUCGCUAUCUUCGUAAUUUAGGCGUUCAUCUGCUACUAGUAAGGGUUUUGUGGUUGCUGAUUGAUUGGCCUCUUUGUUUAAAUUGUUUUUCUUGGUGAAUUGAUUGUUAAGUUUUGUUCUGAGGUUCAAGUUAGGAGUGUUUUAUUUGAAGAUUAUAAAUGGCUGAAAAAGCUUGUGUCAAACGUCUUCAAAAGGAGUUUAGAGCGCUCUGUAAAGAGCCUGUAUCUCAUGUUGUUGCUCGCCCCUCUCCAAAUAACAUUCUUGAAUGGUAUUAUGUACUUGAGGGAAGUGAAGGAACACCUUUUGCAGGUGGAUAUUAUUAUGGGAGGAUCACGUUUCCAUCUGAAUAUCCAUUUAAGCCACCAUCAAUCAGGAUGACGACUCCCAACGGGCGGUUUAUGACUGAUACCAAGAUAUGCUUGUCUAUGAGUGAUUUUCAUCCUGAAAGUUGGAAUCCAAUGUGGUCAGUAUCCAGUAUUCUUACGGGUCUACUCUCAUUCAUGAUGGACAAAAGCCCUACUACAGGAAGCGUUUCAACAUCUGUUGAGGAAAAACAAUGUUUAGCCAAGUCUUCACUUGCCUAUAAUUGUAAAAUUUCUACUUUCAGGAAAUUGUUUCCCGAAUACGUUGAGAAGUACAACCAGCAACUUGCUGAGCAAGCUCAGAAAGAGGCAUUGUCAGUGCCCGCACAAGAAGAAUCUUCACUUCUCAAUUCGGAGACUAUUAAUAAUAACAUGCAAGAUAAUGCAGCAAAAGCAGAAGAUGGGAACAGAAGAAAUAAUCGUAAGCAAUCUGUGCCGACCUGGAUGCUGUUGUUGAUCUUCUCAAUAUUUGGUUUAGUUAUGUCCUUGCCUCUUCUUGAACACUGAUGUCACUCCCUGAUUAGGCUCGACCUAAAUGGGUAGAUCUUCAAACUUAAGAUCAUAUAGAUAUGCAUGUGAGCUGGUCAAAAUUUUCACAUCCAAAAUUUACCUUUUGUGGUGUUUCACUGUCUUGUAAUGUUACGGAGUACUACACUAACUUGUACAGUCUAUGGGAUGCUAUCUUCUUUCAAUUCAAUUUUCUAGUCUGAAAAUUUUGUGAAAGUGUUUUGUCAAAUCAUCAUAACAAAUUAAAUGAGCCUGUGAGCUCUAAUUGUUGAGGUUCA